AUGGCACCGUAUGAAGCUUUGUACGGACGGAAAUGUCGAUCACCUUUUUGUUGGUCUGAAGUUGGCGAGAAGGGAAUUCUUGGACCGGACAUAAUUCAAGAAACCACGGAGAAGGUUAAGAUGAUUCGAGAUAAUGCGGACAAACGAAGGAGACCAUUGGAGUUUGAUGUAGGAGAUCGUGUGUUCUUGAAGGUGACUCCGAGGUUGAGAUUGAAAGGACCGUUUAAGACACGCAAGCUUAGCCCGAGAUACAUAGGACCUUAUCAGAUCAUGAGACGGAUAGGUGAAGUCGCAUACCAGUUAGCGUUGCCUCCUUCACUAUCCAGGUUGCAUGAUGUAUUCCAUGUGUCUCAGUUGCGGAAGUUUGUGCCGGAUUCAUUUCAUCCUAUCCUACCAGAUACGAUUGAAGUAGAAACAGAUCUUUCUUUCCAACCGAAACCUUGUCGUAUCUUGGAGUAUGCUAGCAAGUCGUUGAGAAGAAAAGAGAUACCUCUUGUGAAGGUGUUAUGGGAAGACUCGCGUCCUGACGAAGCCACUUGGGAGCUCGAAUCAGAGAUGAGAGAGUUGUAUCCUCACCUGUUCUGGUAA